UUUCGCACAGGAGAGAUACAGGACUAUCGUGGAUCCUCUGGGGAGCCUCAACAACCUCAUGAUGCUGACGAGGCAGAGAAGAGUCUCUCCAGAUCAGAACGCCUCAAUAAACACCUGCAGAGAUCCAUAGGGAAGAGAACUCACUGCUGCUCUGACUGUGGGAAGAGAUUCACCUCAUCAGGCAUUAAAAUUCAUCAAAGGAUCCACACAGGAGAGAAACAUUAUAGCUGUGUUCAAUGUGGGAAGAGUUUUACUACAUCUGUCUCUCUGACUUUACACCAGAGAAUACACACAGGAGAGAAACCUUAUAGCUGUGAUCAAUGUGGGAAGAGUUUUAGUACAUCUAGCCCUCUGAGAGUGCACCAGAGAACACACACAGGAGAUAAACCUUUUAGCUGUGAUCAAUGUGGGAAGAGUUUUACUACAUCUGGCUCUCUGACUUUACACCAGAGAACACACACAGGAGAGAAACCUUAUAGCUGUGAUCAAUGUGGGAAGAGUUUUACUAGAUCUGGCCAUCUGACAGUACACCAGAGAACACACACAGGAGAGAAACCUUAUGGCUGUGAUCAAUGUGGGAAGAGUUUUACUAGAUCUAGCUAUCUAACUAUACACCAGAGAAUACACACAGGAGAUAAACCUUAUAGUUGUGAUCAAUGUGGGAAGAGUUUUACUAGAUCUAGCUAUCUAACUAUACACCAGAGAAUACACACAGGAGAUAAACCUUAUGGCUGUGAUCAAUGUGGGAAGAGUUUUACUAGAUCUGGCCAUCUGACAUUACACCAGAGAACACACACAGGAGAGAAACCUUAUAGCUGUGAUCAAUGUGGGAAGAGUUUUGUUCAAUCUAGCCAGCUGACUGCACACCAGAGAACACACACAGGAGAGAAACAUUAUAGCUGUGGUCAUGUGGGAAGAGAUACUCUGGUAAAAGAUCUCUGAUCAAACAUCAGAAAAUACAUGAAGGAGUUUUUUCAUGAUAUUAAUUAAAUAAUGUCACAAUGUAGAUUAUUUUAACAUUGUAGUAGGAGUAUUUUAAUGAAUGUCAAUGUAGAACCCUAAAUGUUUGCCCCCUGUUCAAUUGAUUUUACCCUCAGGGAAAAUCCAGGCUCUGAAUUGAAAGAGUUACUAUUUAUGUGAUUUAACAAAAAGUGACUAACAAAAAAGAAUUGUGUUACACUUACCACGUUGGUGACCCACUGGAAUCACAAUGUAGCUAGCUGUUUACCACGUUGGUGACCCACUGGAAUCACAAUGUAGCUAGCUGUUUACCACGUUGGUGACCCACUGGAAUCACAAUGUAGCUAGCUGUUUACCAUGUUGGUGAC